AUGUUAGGUACAAUGCGAAAGUAAAUCUUGCUGCAUUUUGCCAUCUUUCUCAACUCAUUUUCUUUUCUUUCCUGCUCAAUCGGAGCGUCGAAGAAUCAAAAUGGAAGGAGAAGGAGAGAGUGGCGAACAAGUGAUGAGUGAAGUCCACCUCGGUUGCCCCCCACGCUUCUCAGGCUCCUACGUUACCCACUUCAGCUUUUCAUUACCCCCUAAGGGACUCAAUCUGCGAGUUCGUUUUGUUGUAGCUGAUUUAAUUGGGGAAAAGAUUAUCAAUUUGGAUAAGGAAGGCGAUCUUGUUCCUGCCGGGAGGAAGGGGGAUCAGAACCAGUAUUAUACUGAAUGCCAAUCUCUUAAAUUGGAUGACGACGGUGAUCUAGUUCUGUCACGGAAAUGCAAUAGCUCCUUUUCUGGUUCUAUCUGCAAAUUAACCAUUCGGCACUGUAUCACAUCUUCACUUCCAAAUGUUGGAUUACAAGUUUGGACAGCGUCACUCUUAUUGUCAGAUUUUCUUUUGCACAGAAGCUUCAUGUCGUCUGACUUUGAUGAUACAACUGCACUGGAGCUUGGUGCUGGAACAGGUUUGGCAGGCAUAGUUCUUUCACGGAUUGCUAAGAAAGUCUUUCUAACAGAUUACGGAAAUGAAAUUCUCGACAAUUGUGCAAAAAAUGUUCGUCUUAGUUCAAGCUUUUCCGAACUAAAUGAGUCUUCUAUUCUUGUACGAGAACUCAACUGGAAGGAGUCAUGGCCUCCUCAUACUGAAACAUUUCAGAAGCCAAAGUACUCCUGGACUUCAUCAGAAGUUGCCGAAGUUGAGAGAGCAACACUUAUUCUAGCUGCUGAUGUAAUAUACAGCGAUGAACUUACCUCGUCUCUUUUCAACAUUUUGGAGAAGCUGAUGUCUCGAGGUUCUAAAAAGGUUCUAUACUUGGCAUUAGAGAAAAGAUACAACUUCUCUCUUGAUGACCUCGAUGUUGUUGCUAAUGGGUAUGCAAAAUUCCGGAGUUUCCUUGAAGAUGAAGAAUGUAUGUUACCUGAAGAGGUGUCAUUCCCCUGCUUCAUGGGAAAACAAAUUGACACAUGGAAGAUACCUCAGUAUAUAAGGGAGUAUGAACGGGGUAGAGAUCUUGAGCUAUGGAGAAUCAGGCUCUGUACGAACCAAUCUCAGUUACAAGAUAUCUAAAUUUUUGAUGCAUUGUAGUAGACCUAUGGAUCAAGGCCAGUAGGAAAUCAACAAUUUUUGGGUUUUUUUUUGUUACACAUUUUCAUUUAUUUUUCUUCUUCCUCUUAUUAUUGGAUCUUCUGAUCUAGGAGAAAUAUUUGCGUAUGUAAGAUGUACGCAAAGUUGCGUACAUAUUAGGUUAUUCGGAGGGUACAUGUAGGUUACA